GUCUGACACCAGAUUUUAAUCUAUAUUCAUCUGAUAGCGUACCCGCCCAUCUCACCUGGUUUUUUUGAUUACUGUACCAGUACUUGAUCAGAGAAGUAUAAUCUGCCGGCACACCCGCGUUUCCCAACUUGCUCCAACUUAUGAGUAUAAUAGCAUUAUACUCAUAAGUUUUAAUACUUUAUUUCAUAAAACUUCACAUUACAUUUUAAUGUCUCUAAAAAUUUUGCUAAAAUUAGACGAUUACUUAGAAAAUAUAAUUUUGUUUUUUUUUUUACUGCAAAAACAGAGUUUUAUAUCAUUGCCUUUGUCUAUUCAAUUUUAGAGCAAUAGCUUCAUUAUAGUAAAUUAAAUUUUGUCUUAAAUAAAAAAGUGGUCCAAUAAGUCAGUAGUAUAAUUUGACUAUAACUGGACUUUUGAGAAAUUUACCGCAAAUUCCCGUAAGUUAAUAAUUCUGAAACAUAUUUUGCAUUUUCAGUAAGUUUUAUUUUAUCAUAUUGCUUACAUUAAGAUUAUGUAACUCCACGUCAACAUAAAUAAGUUUCAUAUAAUAUAUAAAUCACUUUUAUAUUCCAAUAGGUACCUGAUUUAUACCACAAAAACUGUAUCUUAUGUAUAUAAAAAUAUAAGUUUUACCAUUACCGACGUUUUGCUCGGAACAUCGAUAUAAUGUUCUGAGUAAAUUACGUAAAAUAUGCAUUAUCCAUUUACAUUAUUACUUAGGCUACGUCAUUAGUUGAUCGACAAGUUGACAACUACAAUGAUGAAUGUUGUUCUGUUAAUGCAAUUAAACAACUCAUAAAAGUAAUACUCUUAAUAAAUACCUUGAACAGUUUUAUGUUUCAAUUACAUAUUAAGAAGCUCAAGGGCUGUUCAAACGUCUUAUAAAACGACGCCAUUCUUUACAUUCAAUUUAAAAUUUAACUUUCUUGAUACACCACUGAAAAAUAAAAUAAAAUUUCGACGACACAUAGCAUCUUUGAUACCAAUGGAGUAAAUUAUGGCGAAUUAAUAUCAUCACUAAUAACUUUCAAAAUUAUUAAAGUAUAUAUAUUAGUGCGUUAAGUGCUGUGCUACAUUAGUAGUUAUGUCGAAGCUAUUGUCAAAUGAGGUGUUAUUUCUAGCCAAUCCUGUUCGAAACGAAAUUCUUUUAGACAAUUUUCUUGAAGCUGAUUUACAAAAAUUUCUUCUUCCUUUAAAUUUUAUUCAACAAAUGAUGUUUUCUCCAAAAUAUUGCAUUCGUUAUAACUUUAUAACGCCCAAUAGCCGCAUUGCUAACUGUAUUUAUAUUUGCAGUACUUUCUGCGUGAUCAUUACUUAUAUCUACAUCAUUAUAAUUGACACAGCAAUAUUACAAUUUCCAUCAAAUUUGUAUGUAAUAUUAAUAUUUAAUAGUUGUAUAACUACUUUUGGAUGGAUUACCAAUGCCAUAAAUAAUGUCAUUCAAAGCGACUUAAACAUAGAUUUCAUAUUGAAAUUUCAAAAAAUACAGAAGUUUACUCAUAUAACCUAUAGACAAUUUGUCACUGGUAACUGGAUUCAUGUUUUAGUCAUUAUUUUAUUCUAUAUUGUAAUAUGCUCCAGUUACGCCGUAUUGGGAGGUCUUAACUUACGGUGGAUUUUAGCUUGUUUUCCUUUAUUACUGGCUGAUCUUGACAUAAUUUACAUGAUCCGGAUGAUUAAAUUUUUAAGAUGUAAUAUUGUAAUAUGGAAUAUGAAACUGAAACAUACAUACGAAGUUAGUGUUAUACAUCACGCACCAUUAGCAGCAAAACGAGUAGAUGAAGGGAAUAAAAUGAAAAAUGCUUUGAUAGAAGUACUCGAUGCAUCUGAUAUUUACAAAAAGAUAUGUUCGAUUCCGAUUUUGUAUUACACUGUAUUAACAUUUGGACAGUCUCUGAGUAAUGUUCAAGCAGUUAUUAUGUUUUCGGAAAUCACGGUUGUUAUAGGCAUGUUCUUGAUGUGGGCAGUAAAAAAUAUAGUGCUGCUAGUGUUGAUCAGCUUUGAAUGUGAAAACUUUUUUAUAACUCUCAAAAAUACUCAAAUUGUACUUUUAAUGUCUCAAGUAAAGGAAUGUUCAGUGGAAGAGCGGUUGGUGUAUAAAAGUCUGCUGCGAGCGUGCAGAGCGUCGAGCGAAGCAAUGAGCGCCUGUGGCGUUGUUUCAGUGGACGCUAAGUUACCGCUGCGUCUACUCUCCGUCCUCGUCACUUACACUAUUGUUCUCCUACAAUUUGCAUUUUUGUAAUAUUACGUCCUCUUUUUCAAUUGAGCCGUGAAAAAUUAAGCCACAUCAACAUGAGUAUUUAAUUUACCACGUUCUUAGCAAUGAAGAAAAACGAAGUGUCAAAAUCGUUUAUAUUAAACAAUAAAUAUUCAGAAGACAUGUGAAAUCCGUCAGCGCUCGUUAGGGCACCGCGCCGGCUUUUUCUUACAUUAAAAACUUAUAAAGUGUAGUAAGUAAGUGAGCCUGUGCCUGUGAGAAGGCUUGUGUGUGCCCUCGAAAUAAAGGAAAUAUUGUUUGCAGCCAAUCAUAAUUUCUGUAAUUAGGAAAAUGUAAUUGCCAAAUCAAAGUUAAUUACUAAACCAAUCAAAAACUUAAUUUCUACACACGCACACACACACACACACACAUACACGAUAAAAUAUUAUUGAAAUUACUACAAUAGGGCAAAGAUAUGGUACCUGAAAUAUAAACGUAAAACCUAACUUAGACGUAAAGUAUAACAUUAAGGCAUAAUACCUUUACAUUAUGUACAACUAUUAUAUAAUAUUUUGGUGAGAAUAUAAAUCAUUAUUAUUGUAUUAAAGAAUUUAUGAUUGAUAAUAACCAUUAGGAAUGAGGUACUAAGCCAUUUCUUAUUUAUUUUUUGUUGAUAAUUGUGUAACAUAUAUGAUUGUUAACCCCUUACCGCAUGAAUUAUUCUAUGAGAUCAAAUUG